AUGAACACCUACAACUUAAACCUGCACGAGUGUACGAUUUGUGGAAAAGGAAGACCGAGUAGAAAGACAGCUUACGAUGUGGAAGUUCAUAAGAAAACGCACACGCAGGGACGGUAUGAAUGCGAAAUCUGCGGAAAAAAGUUUCCAUAUUCGACCCCGCUGAAGCGGCACAUGAAUUGUCAUACUGACGGACGGCCAUUUAAAUGCAAUAUUUGCAAUCGAUCAUUAAGGUCAGAAUCUACUCUAAGAUUUCAUAAGCUUACACAUAGUUCAAAGCGUGAGAGCUUCACAUUCGAGCAAAAUCUUGUCGCUGCUCACUCUGAAGAACAACUUCUCAAUUGUGAUAUUUGCGGUUUAUCGUUUAAAACAGCUAUGAAUUUGAGAAAACAUAAGGAAAAGCAUUCCUCGGAAAUCCCCAUUCAAUGCGAAAUCUGCGAGAGACAAUUUCGAACUCCUUACAAGCUAAGGCAGCAUAUGCUAACCCAUACUAAUGAAAGGCAUUAUGCGUGCAACAUUUGCAGCUUAUCACUCAAAACAAAAUGUAACCUGCAAGUUCAUGAAAAAGCGCACUCGGAGGAACGACCUUACAAAUGUGAUAUUUGCACUUUUUCAUUCAAGACAACUGCUUCGUUAAAGAUGCACGGGAAAACGAAAAAGCACCUCUUUCGAGCACAACUGAAUCACAAAUAAAAAUGAUGGUAUUUUUGGGUCGGUUUGUUACUUAACGCCGUAAGAGUAAUAAAUACGUAUUUUCAACGAGAAUCUCAGUUGGUUUGAGCUAACACACAACUCCAGAAUAAUGAUUUUUUGAUAAGUUUCCAACACAAAGCGGGUUGUAAGGGGGUAAUGCUCAUUAAUUCUCCCGGCCUGUCUCUAAGCUUGUCGGACGAUAGUCCGGUAAAGAUGGUUCUUUGAACCAAUCCAUCCGAGAUGAGACGCGGGCAAGGUUUGACCCUACGCAGAUUGCAGAGCUGGCGAACUGCAGCCAUGGACUGCUACUCGGAUGAAUACAACUCUUGAGUACAGCAAAGGCCACUCCACGGCCUGGGACUGUUUGGUAAGCUACAACUCGGUAUAAGUAUCAUGGAGACAAAGCCCAGCACUAGGGAAGGCCCAAAUGUGGAUAAAUCAGCGCUGUGUUUAUUGUCCGGUGUUAGAGAGGUGCCCACGUAUUUAACUUCAAGAUUGCUUCCAUCCGAGCUUUCAUCGUACAAGGAACGAAUUCCUUCUGGUAUUAUGACUGUAAGGGCCGUUCCCACCAACAACCUAGCACCAAACUGUAAUAUACAUACAAUUCGAUAAAGAAUAGUUAGAAGUAUAUCCGUUAGGUAUAAGCAUAAAUGUCAAAACCCUGCCAUAAUGUUUGGCUAUGUAUGUUGCUGAGGUUUGCUGAUAGCUGAAUAAACAGCAAUCGAUCUCUCUGGUUUUGAUCGUCAACGUUAACAGACGCGUUUUUAUAAACCGAAAUCCCCGAGUAGUUUCAUCUUUAACAUUGGCGACGAGGAUAAAUCAUUCCAAUUCGUAAAGUGACGCGUGUUGUGCGAGAAGUACAGGCCGAAAAUUUUUGCUACAGAGUUGUGUACGGGCGUUAUUUUGGCAGAUCCGUUAGCGUUGGACGAGCGCCGAGAGGGCAAAGUUUUUUUUGCUGGAUCCACCAGAUUUGAAAAAACUAGCACGCCGGUUGCAAGGCAACGCUUACAGCAUCGGCUGAAAAUCAGCGUGCGCUAAACUGAGGCUUAGCUUAAGCUGAAUUGAGCUACAUUUAGCUGAUUGUAGUUUAGAUUAUUUGAGAGAUACGAGUGGCUAUUUACGACGUCGUGCAUUGAAAAGUCCAGAAGCCAGGAAGAUAGCAGCAGUUGGAUAGAGCGUUGCAGUUGGAUAAAUAGCGGUUGAAUAUACAGUAGCUGUUGGCGUCUUUAACGAUUAUGCGGAAUACGGAAGUCCUUCAGCAAUGGCGUUAAUGGGGACCAUCGAUCCUUACGUUGUAGAUCUCGAUCGGAUCAGUUUUGAUCUCGGCCCACAGGGGGAAACCCCGAACAUAGGCGCAAUAUGGCGUUUCGGGUGAUGAACCACCACACACCCUUGGUUGGCCAGGGCUUGAGAAGGAGGUACGAAGACUCUGAUGACGAUGAACCGUUUCGGGGAUUUUUGCCAUGUUCACCAACACCUCCACCUACAAGAAAUGAAGUGCAUCCCAAAGGUAUUGCAAUCGAAUGAUUCCAGAACCUCGCUUGGUUCUUUUCGAAACUACCCUACAGAAGGCGUACGAAGAUCAGUCAGGCCCAGGAAAAAGAAGUAUGAUGGAAAUUUUGUUUAUUUUAAGUAACUAUCGAUUGAUUUAAAUUACCUAAGUGAAUACAUUACUUUCGAAUCUAUGCUUAGCUUAAGAAAAUAAUUUUGUAAAUAUCAGUAGCUAUAUUAAGUUGUAAAAAGUUUAAAAAGUAGUUCAAAUUUAAAGGGAAAGGUAUUGUAAUAUACAUGCAAUUCGAUAAAGAAUAGUUGUUAAUGUUUGGCUAUGUA